GAAAAAAAUCAAGAUUCCACUUUGAUAAAAGGUGGAUAGGCAAGGAAGGCUUUGAGGAAACUGUUCAACAUGCUUGGAAGACAAAAGUAUCUGGAACUCCCUUUUAUCAACUCAAAGAGAAGAUCAAACAUGUCAGAACAGCACUUCUCAUCUGGAGCUCCAAAUUCCAGACUCAGAACCAAGCUCUCAUAUCCCAGUUAACCAACAAGCUGCAAAUGCUAAACCAAGACAAAUCAGGUAGCCAAUGGGAAAGCUGGGAAAACACAAGAAGAGACCUAGAGAAAGCUCACAGGCAGGAAGAAAUGUUCUGGCAACAAAAGGCAAGGCUGAAAUGGUUGAGGGAAGGUGACUCCAACACCAGGUUUUUCCACACCCUCACUUUGCAAAGAAGGAGAUUCAAUGCUAUCACUAGACUUCUUACAUCCAGAGGCCAAGCAGUCACAAAUCAGGAAGAUAUUGCAUCUCACAUAGCUGAAUUCUACAAAAACCUUUUCUCUUCUGAAGGGAGCUGGGGUGGGGAUGCUCUGCUCCCUCUCAUUCCUACCACAAUCACAUCUGAGCUAAAUGAUCCUUUUUUUAGCAAGAAUACACCUUUGCAGCUCCAGCAUUCUAUCUGUCAAACUCUCAAUGGGAUUACUUCCCACAAAUCUACCAGAUAUUUGGGACUUCCCCUUGGAAUUGGGAAGUCAAAAAAGGAGGUAUUUGAUUACAUCCUCACUUCUGUCAA